CGGCAUGUCAUCAAACCUCCAGCGAUACUUGCAAGCAAAAGACUUGCCUCCGCUUCGAUACAGCAACAGGACCAUUGCCAAAGGAGAUGCUCUUCGUGAUGCAGGGGCUGUACCUGAAGAAGAGUUCGGUGCACUAGUUCAGAAAUCAGAUGUCAUUUUCACAAUGAUCUCCACCGACGAUGUUUUGAAAGACCUGUUGGAAACGGCUGCGGCCACGAGGAUCUCCCUCGAGGGUAAAAUCUUCGUUGACACGUCCACUAUUCACCCAGACACAUCCGAAUGGGCAGCGAGGCAUCUCAAGGACCACGGUGCGACAUUCAUUGCAGCACCCGUGUUCGGCGCAAGUCCCGUAGCAGCUGCUGGAAAUCUCAUAUUCGCUAUGGCUGGUCCUACUGGAGCAGUCGAGAGAGUCCGACCUCUAAUCAUGGAUGUCAUGGGACGCAGUAUUAUUGAUAUGGGAGAAGAUGUGCGGAAAUCGAGCCUCCUCAAAAUCUCAGGGAACAUCCUCGUCAUCAGCUUCAUGGAGGUCAUCGCUGAAGCACAGGUGUUCGCCGAGGUCGUAGGAGUCGGCACCCAGCAGAUGGAAGACUUUAUUGGAAACAUGUUUGGGCCGGUAUUGCAAAGUUACAGCAGACGCAUCACGAGUGGAGCCUAUGCACCUCCUAUAGACACAGCGCCUGGGUUCGCCGCCGCGCUCGCAUGUAAGGACAUGAAACAUGCUCUGUCUAUUGCUGACAGUAGUAAUGCCCGCCUAUGCACGCUCGAAACGGCGUCUAAACGACUGAACACUGCACGCGAGUAUGCCGGCGAGAAUUUGGAUAGCUCGGCUAUCUACGGCAUUGCCCGGCUAGAGGCGGGGCUGUCAUUUUGGAGUGCGAAUAGUCGGCAGGGAAAUGAAUCUCUUACCUAGUAUAGUUCGUGUCAAAAUCUUAAACAAUCUU